AUCAAUUGAAGAGUCGGCUCGAACAACGUUGUAACUCGCAAAUUGUAUAAAAUCGAGUUAAUCAUGGAAUAACGUUGUAUGACACCUAAAGCAACCGCCUAAUAGAAUAAAGUCCCUCUGUUUUUAAAUAUCCCCCUCAAAUCAAAUAUUUUAUUUUGUCAUUUAGCCGAUUUCCGCCGGAGAACGUUGUAAGUAGAAGCGCACGAGAUUAUUUGGACGUAUUUUAUUGCAUUUUUGCAUCAUGUCGGUGGUAAAUUUCUCGUCUUCGUUGCAAAAUACAUUAAAUCGUGGUAAAAAAUGCAAAUCAAAGAUUGUUCAGUGGCAAAACAAUAAGUCAAAGUUAGCUAGGGACAGAGGAGAAGAAUAUCUAAGUAAAAGAAAGAAGAGUAUACCGGCAGUGGCUCCGCCAGAAGAGAAUGUAGUGUGCCGCUGUAAAAGGGGAUGUUUCGCUGCAAAGUUAGAGGGCAAUAAACGUACCAUUUUCUCAAAAUUCAUAAGUCUUACAAUGAACAAUCCCAAUUUCUUGCUUAUCAAUGUAUUGAGAUACGUGAGCCCAUACGGCCAAAAGUAAAAAAAUCAACUAAAUCCACGCCGCAAGUGUACAUUUUUUUAUUUUCUACCUCUUAAGAAAGAAAAGAUACGUGUUUGCCAAAAAACUGUCACCGAUACCCUUAAAGUAACCCCCGAAGAAUACAAAUGUUAGUGGAAAAGCUAAAGAAUGGUAUUUAAAUUAAAGAUUUCCGAGGAUGCCAUACGAAUCGGCCACACGCUGUUCCAGAAAAUGUCAAAGAAUUGAUAAGGGAACAUAUUUCUUCUUUUCAUAAACAGGAAAG